AAAAGGAGUUUCGAGAAUCAGGGUACGAACGGCAUAUUGGGCCAUAUUUGGUCACAGGACGAUUCGGUUCCCAGUUUCUAAUAAAUGGUCCGAUUAAUGGACACCGGCAAAUGGUGAGGAGAAGGGGCGGAGAGAGGGGAACGUGCCAGAAGAAGCAUCGACUCGAUCGCGUCGCAUUUGGGAGAAGUUACCCAAGAGAGGGAGUGAUAUGGAGAUGGAUCCUUCUGCCUCUUCUUCUUUUCCAUAUGUUCAGAACGGGGAAGCACCGGACUUGAUGGGCUUGCUGGCGCUGGCUCGCGAAUUCGUCCAGCAAGGGCAGCCUUCUCAUGCUCUUCAAGCGGUCGUUAUGGCAGUGAAGUCCAGUGGUGGAGAUGCUGCUGUUUCACAGACACUGGACAGAGCCCGUGAAUUAUAUCGAAAGAAGAUGCAGGUGAACGUUGUGGCAGAUGAACUCGCUUCCUUGUUUGCUGAAUGUGUGAUUUCUGAAGCACAACCAAUGCACCCUGCACCAUUGCCGUUUGAUACUGGAGGCCAAAUGCUCACUCCAGAUGCUGAAGGGAACUCAAUCCUUGAAAAAACUGGAAGAAAACAGAUAAUGUUGGACGCCUUUGCAGAUGGCAGCAGCUUUAUUUGUCUGCAGUGCGGAGGCCUGGUUAGCAAUCUGCGUAAAGACGAGCAUUUCGCGUAUUGGUGCUGUGCAAUUUGAUAGCAGAUUUUGUGCUUGUCGCCUAUGUGCUGUCCUCUGGUUUGUUACAUGGUACUAGGUGUCAGUCCCGAGGUGUAUCAGGUAUACUGGAGUCUUGUGAUGGAGUCGUAUUCUGUAUCUUAUAAGCGCAUAAGAUGUUAGUAUGAUGAUAAGAUGUUAGUAUGAUGACGGGAUGAUUGUGGGAUCAUGAAAUCAGUUCAACCAUCAUGAAAAGCAAUAAUGAACGUUAGCUUUUCAUCUCCAACGAACAUGGAGAUUUUUAUGUCA